GUUGCACCCGGGCACAGUGCGGCCGCGACGGGGCGGGCGGGCUUUGAGUUCCCAGAGCCGGCCUCCAGUCCUUGGCGUCUGGCGCUCGAACCUCCAUCCCGACCUCCACCUGGCCCGGGACCCCGACCCCGACCCGGCCCGGCCCCCGCCCCCGCCCCCUCCGGGUCCAUGGACUACUCCUACCUCAAUUCGUACGACUCGUGCGUGGCGGCCAUGGAGGCGUCCGCCUACGGCGACUUCGGCGCCUGCAGCCAGCCCAGCGGCUUCCAGUACAGCCCCUUGCGGCCUGCCUUCCCCACAGCGGGGCCACCUUGCCCCGCGCUCGGCUCCUCCAACUGCGCGCUUGGCGCCCUACGCGACCACCAGCCCGCGCCCUAUUCGGCAGUGCCCUACAAGUUCUUCCCGGAGCCGUCCGGCCUGCACGAGAAGCGCAAACAGCGGCGCAUCCGCACCACGUUCACUAGCGCGCAGCUCAAGGAGUUGGAGCGCGUCUUCGCCGAGACCCACUACCCCGACAUUUACACGCGCGAGGAGCUGGCGCUCAAGAUCGAUCUUACUGAGGCUCGUGUGCAGGUCUGGUUCCAGAACCGCCGGGCCAAGUUCCGAAAACAGGAGCGAGCGGCCAGCGCCAAGGGCGCUGCAGGCGCAACGGGCGCCAAAAAGGGCGAGGCGCGCUGCUCGUCGGAGGACGACGACUCCAAGGAGUCCACGUGCAGCCCCACGCCCGACAGCACCGCGUCGCUGCCACCACCGCCGGCGCCCAGCUUGGCCAGCCCACGCCUGAGCCCCAGCCCCCUGCCCACUGCCUUGGGCUCCGGGCCGGGGCCGGGGCCCGGACCCCAGCCGCUUAAAGGAGCUUUGUGGGCGGGCGUGGCGGGCGGUGGGGGUGGCGGGCCUGGCGCGGGAGCGGCUGAGCUACUCAAAGCCUGGCAGCCGGCCGAGCCCGGGCCCGGGCCCUUCUCGGGAGUUCUGUCCUCUUUUCACCGGAAACCCGGCCCCGCCCUGAAGACCAAUCUCUUCUAGCCGCGGGUCUUUGGAGGCUCCGAGCCUGCCCCCAGCGGCAACCCUUGCCCCUCCGGGACCCAACGGAGACCCUCCCUAUCCUGUCCCCACUCCCCUACAGUGUCUGACCCCUAGGUGUGCCCUCCCCAGCUUUAGAGACCAAGUCCGGGCCACUCUCGUUCUCGUCCACUCGCACCAGGCAGACCAGAGUAUUUUUCACUGGGAACCCUUAGAGGAGAGCCGAGGACCCCUUCUAAGCUUGGCUUUCU